UGCGCAACACUCAGCUUCCAACCCGAUCGCUAGCUUUUUCACCCAGGUGACUAACGUUGUGACACCCUCUGCCAGCUGCAGUGCUUCCCUCUCCUCCACCACAAAGCAAGGGACCAUUUUGAGUGCUGUGUCCAGAAACGAAACCCUCACUGCAGAGGUACUGUGGGCGCUAAAAGUGGCUAAUUCUCACUAUACUUACAAGUCUUGUGAAGACAUAAGCCAGCUUUUUCCGGUCAUGUUCCCCGACAGUCAGAUAGCUGCAAGAUUUACAUGCGGUGAACGCAAGUGCUCAUAUAUGUGUAAUUUUGGACUGGCUCCUUAUUUUAAGAAACUGACUUUGGCUAGUGUAUCAAAGCAACGAGUAUAUGUCAUGUUAUUUGAUGAAAGCCUGAAUCACUAUUUACAGGCUAAACAGUUAGACAUGCAUGUCAGGCUAUGGGACGGGUCCGAGGUAAAGACUAAAUACAUCGGCUCAGAGUUUAUGGGCCAUUCAUCAGCUCAAGACAUCGUUGAAAAAAUCAGCAACUUGCUUUCUGAGACCGGAAUCAAGAAUCUUGUCCAAAUCUCAAUGGACGGGCCGACCGUAAAUUGGAAAGUAUUUGAAACUCUCCAGAAGCAAGUGCAGAAUGAUGUGGGAAAGUCACUAAUCAACAUAGGUUCGUGCGGGUUGCACAUACUACACAAUGCGUUCAGACAUGGAUGUAAAUCCGCUGGAUGGGAAGUCGAACACGGACUCUCUAGCCUGUAUUGGCUGUUUCAUGAUUGCCCCGCUCGUCACGAAGAUUUUGUGACAGCAACCGGAUGUGACACUCCCAUGCUCAAGUUUUGCAACCAUCGGUGGAUUGAAAAUGUGAAUGUGUCAGAAAGAGGAUUGCUGCUCUGGCCACAUGUGAAAAAAUACAUCGACAUGGUAGAGAGAGGUGAACUUCAGAAUCCCAAAGUGAAGUCGUUUGAUGAGGUGAAGAUGCCAUGUGCUGAUCCUCUAUUUCCAGUGAAAGUGGAGAUAUUUAACAGCAUUGCGAGAGAAAUCGGCCCCUUCCUCACCAUGUAUCAGUCAGACCAGCCCAUGCUGCCGUUCCUUUCUGAUGACAUGUACAAACUGAUCAAAGGCCUCAUGGGACGAUUUCUGAAAGAAAAGUACUUGCAAGAGGCCACAUCUACACUAAAGCUUCUCCAGGUCCCUUUUCAGGACAGCAGUCUGCACAAGGAUAGUUCUCAGGUUGAUAUUGGAUUUGCAGCACAAGUCACUCUCAACCAACUCAAGUCUUCCAAAAACAUUUCUGAAAGGCAGAGACUAGAGAUUAGGAUGGACUGCAAGAAACUCUUGAUUGCACUCCUUGAGAAGUUGCUAAAAAAGGCUCCAGUGCAUCACACAUUAGUGAGAAGCAUGCAGUGCCUUGACCCGAGACGUAUGGCUGAAUGUAAAGAACUGUGCGCAAGUCAAAUGAGAAGAAUGCUGCACAUACUUGUAGAAGCUAAACAUGUAAAUGAGGUUAUGUGUGAUGACAUCCUUCGAGAAUUUAGGGAGUUUUGUGAUUUGGCUGCUCUUCAGGCUAAGUUCAGGGAAUUUGACCCGAACAACACUCGAGUGGACACCCUGUUGCAUGAGACAAUGGGGACAAAACCAUCAUUUUCCAAAGUGUGGGAUGUUGUGAAGAUUCUGCUUGUCUUGUCACAUGGACAGGCCAGUGUGGAAAGAGGCUUUUCCAUCAACAAAGAGUUAAUCGUUGAGAAUCAGAGGGAGAGGUCUCUGGUGGCUCAGAGGCUCAUUGUUGACCAUGUCAGAUCUGUAGGGGGCAGAACCAAGGUAGAGAUCACAAAAGAGCUGCUUCUUUCGGCUGCAGGAGCCAGGCAGAAAUACCAUGGCUACUUGGAAGAGGAGAAGAAAAAGAAAGAACAGCAAGCUGUUGACUUGAAGAGGAAGGCCCUCACAGAUGAUCUAGAGGAUUUGAAAAAGAAGAGGGCUAGAAUGGAGGCAGACAUUUGUGCUCUUGAGAAAUCAGCAGAUGAAUACGCUGAAAAGGCAGAAUCUUCAAGCAAUCUUACCUUUAUCACCAAAUCCAACAGUUUCCGCCGAACUGCAAAAGAAAAGAAAGCAUCUCUGCAGAAAAUUGGAAAACAGAUUGACGAGAAGCUUGCAGAAAUGAAAAAAUAAACUCUGUUGAUUGUUUUGGGGGGAUGGAUAAUUCAAAUACAGAUGUUAACUUGUUAAAAAUGGUUAUCCAGUGAAGUUAAAUUUCAUUUCAUUUCAUUUCCUUCAGUUAAAGUUAAUGACAAUGUCACCAAACCCUUUCAUUUUUAUUUAUUUAUUUAUUUUUCAGUUUUACAUUGUUGUCUCCCAUUGAUUUAUGUUAAUAAAUGUCUAAGGAGUUGUCAGGGUUUGACAUUAUUUAUUUUUAUUGUGUUACUGUGUCAGCAUUAUUUAAAUAAAUAUUUAUUUUGUAUUAAACCGCAUUGUUUGUUCAUUUAUUUUAUUCAAGAUACGCUGUGGUAAAUUUGAACAUGGAUUUUUAUUCUUAUUUCACAUGUAUACACAGACGUUUUAUGGAACAUUAAGUCAUGAAUCCACAAACGAGUUACUAGGAGUGCUGCUUGGGUGUUGAGAGGUGUAGUCCUCUGGUGGUCUUCAGCUUGGAGAUCCAAAAUGUUUCCCAA